AAGACGUGGCAGCGUCGCCCCGCACCUCCGCCACCCCUGGGGUCACGUGAUCACGGUGGGUUCCUCUCCCCUGCAGGAGUACACUCUGGCCUCUCAACUUCCCUUCCAUUUCUUUCAUUUCCCGUCAUGUUCGUCGUUUGUAGCCACACAUAAGAGUAAAAAGAUGAUGUCUCAUGAGGAGCAUCAUCAGCCAGAAGAGGAAGAUGGAGAUGAUGAAGAGGGUGAUAUGGAGGCGAGGACAGCUGUGGAGGCACUCCUUGCUCUCACCUCACCAACAGAUUAUACACACCACACAGAUUCUGAAGAGAAGUGGCAGAGGUUGGUUCAUGAGUUUGGUAGGAUUUAUGGUGACAAAAAAAGGGAAACAUCUCUUGGAGCAAAUGGCAACAUUUGUUCAAAAAUUAUUGCCACUGAAAAUAGAAAUAAACCUGAGGCUCACAAAGAAUUAGUGACUGGUGAAAUUUUCCAUGGUUUUAUAAAUCGUCAUGAGAAAGAGAUAAAACCCAGUCAAACUUUUGAGCAAAUGAAAGGUGCUAUUAAAAUAGGAAAAGAAAAGAGCCAAAAUGUGGAAGGUGUUGAAAUUAAUAGGAAGCAAAUGGAAGAAUGUGAGAGCCGCUUGAAAAAAGAAUUGCAAAGUACAGGUGAUGUAAUCAAGCCUAAGGAAGGAAACAGUAUAGAUAGUAAAACUGUGCGUGUUGGUAUUAAUAGUGAUGGGUCUGAUACAGACAGUGAUUCCGAUUCAGAAAGUACUUCCGAUACUAGUAGUUCCAGUAGUAGUGGCAGUGAUUCUUCAUCAUCAGAUUCCUCUUCCGAUGGUUCUGAUUCUGAUAGUGACUCAGACACUGAUUCUAAGAGUACGGAAAAAUCCGAAAAGCGGCUUGAAAAUACAGAAAAGCAGCUUGAAAAUAUUAAAAAUAAUGAAAAGACAGAAAAGCUAGAAAAUAAAGUGAAUGAAAAGUUAGUGAUUGUUGAUAGCUUUCAGAAUCAGAAUGCAGUUUCUUUUAAUAAAGUAAAAGACAGUAAAUUUAAUCCUUGUAAAACAGAAGAGAAGUUCAACAGCAAAGAAAUGGACAAUAAACCUAUUGAAGUUAAUUGUAAGGAUGUAAAACUAAUAUCAGAUAUUAAAAAAGAAACUAGUAAUACAAAUGAUAAUAGUGAUAAGUGCUUGAGUGUUAAAAAAGAAAUAAAUAUUGAUCCAAAAGGCUCUGAAAUUGUAAAUGGUGGGGGUGAGGGUGAAGUAGUUGAAUACCCCUCCUCUAAUAACAUCCUACCAUCAGAUGGCAGUGACCUCACUCAGUGGCAGCUGGAUGGUGUACACUUACCCCCAUUCACUCCCAAUGUGGCUCCACCUUCAUGGCUGCGUCUCACAAUACCUGCUGAAGGUUAUCGCUGUCAGUCUUGUGGAGACACGUUCUUCAUUGAAAGUUCACUUGUGCAGCAUCGAGAACGACGCAGUGUGUGGAUCAGUUUGGAGUGUGGACCAUGUGAUGCCAAGCUGACAUUUUACAACCGCUGUGCCCUCAAAGAUCAUCUACGUAACCACUUGAUGCAAGGGGAGGAAGUUGAUGAAGAAACUGUGGAGGUGCGAUCUCUUCCACUUCAGCUUACGCGACUCCUUCAGCCCAUCCUCGUACCUGUUCCAAAAUCCCUAAGGGUGGCUAACAAGAAAGUUAGAAGAGGUUUGAAAGGUCGUGGAUCAGUGAACAAAUUACCUGUUUUGAAACUUAUUGGUAGAUCAACAACCAAACUCACUGACGAAUAUCUUAAUGGUUCCCUGGAGGAUCAUUUUGGGGAGGAUGAAAGUGAAGGGUUUGCAGAUUUUGGAGAUGAAGAUAUAAGAAGUCAUCUGAAAUUACAAGAUAAGAUACCUUCUGGCAUGAAGAGGCUUUCAACAAGAAAACGAACUGUAAGGUGUUAUCUCUGUGAGAGAAUGUUUCAUAGUGUGCGUGAACUGAUGGCCCAUAUGCGAACAGAUCAACCAUACUCGGACCAACGUGUUGAGUGUAAGAAAUGCCAGCUGGUUUUGCCAAGUGUGUGUGCAGCUAAAGCUCAUAUCCUUACACACCCACCAGCUAAUACUUCCAAUAUGUCUGUGUGCCCAGAGUGUGGUAGCAGAUGUGAUGGACCAAGAGAAUUUGUACACCAUCUUAAUACAUGCGGGCACCAGUUUCGCCGCUCAGGCAUUGUAUGUACAGAAUGUCAGGUGUGUUUCUUUAAGUCACAAGAUGAUUUCUUGACACACUGGAUUGCCGAACAUUGUGCUAAGUCCUAUGAAUGUGUUGUGUGUCGCAACACGUUCGAGAGCUUAGUGUUUCACAAAUGCACGUCACCAGGGCAACAAGUUUUGGCUACAUUCCGCUGUCUUUUAACGUGUCCUCUUUGCUCACUUGCAGUUCAACUACAUGCACAAGAAGAGCGUGAUACAAAUGCAAAGAUCAGAGCUCACUUAGCUGAUGCUCAUCCUACCAUAAUAACUCGAGUUCACUAUGUUUAUAAAUCUAAAUUUUGUACAAAUGCUUUUCGCUCUAAAGAUGAGCUAAGAGCACAUCAUGAUCGUGAGCAUCGUCGAGACAACCACUACCGCACAAAAACUUGCACUUUACAUCAUGAAGUCUUAGGCUAUCAACAUCAAUAUUUUAAUGGACAGGAGCCUAGGAAUGCAUUUGUAACAUUGCCAGUAGCUUUAAGUGCUGAAGAAUUGCAUGAGGCACGAAUAAGGGAUGUUCCUACUGUUAGUAGUGUCAUUGACAAAACUCUGUUUCCGGACUUAACUCUUCAAGACAGCGUAAAAACUGGAAAAAUUGAGAAACAAAUUAAAAAUAAAGUUUUAAACAAAAGUUCUCCAAAGGAAGUCGAUCCUAAGGAUACUUCAGGGAAAGAAAGUCCAGCCAAGAAAGACAUGGAUCAAUUGGAUAAGUUACGACCAAAAGUUUGUUACCGUUGUGGAUAUAAAUAUGCAGACAAUAAAGACUUUAGACGGCAUAAACGAACAUGUGAAGGAGAGUCUGCAGAGCGGCAUUGUCAGGUUUGUGGUAUGGCUGCUGUUGGUGAAGACUUUGCACGCCAUUGUCUUGGUCAUAUACAAGAUGGUGCUGUCUUGUGUAUAUAUUGUAAUGGCACUCAGUUCAACAAUUCUAGUGACUUGGAGCAGCACUUUGAGCUACAUGUGCACGAGCAGUUUUUUUACCCAGCUAUUUGUGCAUUUUGUUGUACCUCAUUACCAGACGUGGCAACAGCUUUAGCACAUCUAAAUGAAGAGCAUGAUCCACUUCAUGUUCCAUUUGACACUUCAGAAUUUGAGUGUGACCGUUGUGGUCGUCGUUUCCACGGCGAAAGAGGUUUAAGUGUUCAUUUGGGACGUUGUACACUUGGAACAGCAACGCCUACUCCAUCUGCUGGAUGCCGGCAGUGCCAAGUGUGUACUAAAGCUCUUACGCCCGAAAUGUUUGGCCGCCAUCUGGUUUGUCACUUGGAGGAAGGGUUGUUGGUGUGCAGUUUGUGUGAUGGGCGUACUUUACCUUCUAGUAUGGCCCUCUUGCAUCACUUAGAGGAACAUGCAGCUGCUUUGGCAUACCCAAAUUCUUGCCCUAUGUGCAGCUUUGUAAUGCAAGAUGCAGACUCAGCACUUAGUCACCUCAAAGAAGAACAUGGCUUUGGAAAUUUACACUGUGCUGAGUGUGAUAUGCAUUUCAACUUUACUUACCAGCUUCAGCGUCACACAGACAUAGUUCAUAAGAUAUGCCAGUAUGCUAAACGACGGUACAUCUGUUGGAUUUGUAGAGCUUAUGAUCAUGUAAAGAAAGAAACACUCAUGAACCACUUUCGGACAGUUCAUGGACUUGAUCGAGAGCAAGUGGAUGAGAAGGUCAUGAUCAGAACACGUGGCCAAGGGACUAUGCCAACGUCACAGUUUAUACCCACUAAACCCCUUGGUAGCAAAGAGAAUCCAGGGAUUUCCUCAGCAAGUAAAUCGGAUUCAGAGAACAUGCUUUUCAAAGCUCAGAAGGAGAAAACAAAAGGCUCACCAGGCAAGUCUUCUUCCACAAACGAAUCACUAAAUAAGCAGUCAAACAACGUAUCUUCACAAGAAUCACCAGUUAAAAGUUCGCCCAACAAGCCUGUUUCUUCUCUGGUUCUUAAAAAGGUGUCAGCAAAGAGAUCGGAUGUAAGAUUAAAAGACAAAACAAAAGUGUUGAUUAAAAGGUUUCCCGAUUCCAUUCUAGAUGAGCAGUCCAGGUCAAAGAGAAGAAAGAUCUUAAGUGAUGAUUUACAAAUUGACCCUGAGAGUGAUGUGAAGAAAGAAGUGAAAAAAAGGAAAAAAAAGAAAGCUCAUAGGUGUAAUAUUUGUAAUUUUGGCACCAAUUCAAAAGAGAAGUUCGACAAUCACAUCUUAAAGCAUAAAGAACUUGGGGAAGAUGGUGAAUCUGAUGGAUUUGUUUGUCAUGAAUGUGGUGCUUCAUUUGUUGUAGAGCCGUCUCUUACUCGUCACAUGUUUUUCGCUCACAAAGUGAAACUUCAUGUAUCUAGUGCUGAUGAAAAUGAAGACAAUGACAACAUUGUUAGUGAUUUACAAAGAACAAAAACUUUAGUUAAAGAACCAAAAAAUAUAAAAGAAAAAGAAAAUGAAAUAACUACUAAUGAGAUGAAAGAAGAGAAAGUUAUUCAAAUAGAAAAAGAGCCACCAACUAUAAAAUAUGUGAACGAUAUUAAUACCAAAAGAAAGACGGUGAGAAUAACGACAAAAAAGAAAAUUGAAAAAGAAGCAGUUAAAAAGCAGUUGGAAGUAAGAACAAAGAUAAAAGUUGAAGGUAUAAUUAGAAAGAAAGAAGCAAAGGCCAUAACAAAGAAAAAAGUAGAAAAAGUGAUAAAGAAAAAGCUGGUGAAGGUUACACCAAGACAAAGAAGGGCAAAAGAGGUAAGCAAAAGGAAAAUAGAGAGAGCAUUAUUAGGUAAAAGCUUGGAGGAAGAUGAUGAUAUAUUUGACAAUCAAUGUGUAGUUUGCAAGGAGGAGUUUGUAAAUCCAGUCGAACUGUAUAGUCACUUAAGAACUCACGGUAUGGCGUUUCUCAAACUAGGGCGUAAAGCCAGACCUCUCGGUCUGGGCAAACCUGAUCAAUAGGAUAGACGUCCUGUUUCAGAAUCAGGUUAAUAAUACAAAUACUCUAUAGGUUUGAAGGAUCAGUCAGUGCUCAAUGUUGCAGUUAAAUGUGAUUGAUUCUAGUGAAAGUGGUUUUGAUUAAAAAUUCUAAUUGUUAUUUCAUUUAAUGUUUUGUGGCUGUAUACUGUAGUUGUAUGAGGUACAAAAUUUCUUAUGAGUAAUUUCCAGCCAUUUAACUUACCACAACAUUGUCAUUUUUAUUUUAAAGCUAUUUUGACUUUUUAAUAAUAAAUAUAAUGAAAUAAUGCAUAAGAAUUAUGUCUUACUGUUUACAGCAGGAUAUAAUUAAACCUGGAAUUUCCAGUGGUACUUGACACCAUACAUAUGGUUUCUAUAUAAAAACUGUCCAAGUAAUUAUAAAGUUGUAGUCUCUGUGUUCACAUAUUACGGUGUGUCUUUUACUAAAUAAAAUAUGAAUAUUUUGUUUGUCAAGGCUAUGGCAUAAUUAGGCAAAUUUAUAUUUAGCAGAGAAACUCAAAACAGUAUAAAGUUACACAAAAUUUUAAUUUGAAACCAUAGUUUAAAUUUCUGAAGUACUGUGUUUUCUAUAUACUGUAUACGAUAUUUUUAUUUUUCCUCUGCCACAUAGAAUGUUUAUCUGAAGAUACUGUAGUAUAAUUUGUUGGCUGUUUAAAAAUUAUAUUUUAUAGGUCAAAAGAAUAUACAAAUAGGUGCAAUAUUCAUUGGAAAAUUAAAGAUCAUACAAUUUUAAUAAUACUGUACAUAAUACAUUUAUUUUAUGUUUGUCUUAUUCUCAUUUGCACUUUAUUUUCAUUACGAAGUGCAGGCAAUGGUAGCAAUACUUUUGACGCUUUAUCACUUAUUUUGUCUCGCUUAGUUGCAAGUUCUGUUUUUAGGUUUUAUGUCUCUUGUGUCUAGUCACGUCUGGCUGUUUUACAAACAUAUUGGUAAUCAGAUGCAACCCUUCAAGGAAAAUCCUCCCUGGCCAUAGUGAAGGAACUCUUGGUCCAAAAAACUGGAUUCUUUCCUUCCUUGGAUUGAAUCUAAUUACUAACGACCCCUCUGUCUCCUUUUUGGCAUUAUUAGUGAUGAGAUUGUUUCCUUUUGUGAAGUCCAGCUCCUAGAUAGAGGGAAAAAAAAAAAAAGGAAUUACAAUCAGCCCUGGUCUUUUGUGACUUCUCUUGGUAGCACUGAGGUGGUCACUCCACCUGAUAGAAAUUGGACUAUCUCAGGGUGUCAGGUGACCUUCUGAUGAGAAGCCCUGCCAUCUGGCAGGGCUUCUGAUGGCAGAAGUACUACUGGAGGUCUGUGGAUCCAGGGUUAGUGACUGAAGGUGCAUGAAUUGGCAUUCUGGCUCACCUACUGCCUUUGUUGUGCACCAGGGAGGGUAAGAGGUGGUUUCCAGGAAACAACAGCACUAACUGUCACAGUAGAGGUGACCAAGGUUCAAGGUGGAUAUGUGGUUUUCAUUCUCAGAGCUUACCCCUACCCCUUCAGUUUUUACCACAGGAUCAACGAGAUAAUGGCUACAUCUUCUAUAUCCCAAGUGACUGCAACACCCUUUAUUAACCCCAGCACAGCCUUAGGACCCUUCAUAAGAACCCAGAAUUGCUUUUGGGCAACCAUUUGUUGUCUGAACCUGAUGCCAACAUUCUGCCUACACUCUGGUACUUCUGACCCCUCACCAUGUCCAUGAACACAGAUUCUACAAUGCAGUGAUGAUUGUUGGAUUAUUCACAUGAGGACAGAUGGACUCAUAGCUUGAAAGACCUCAGUGUAUAAUAGACAUUACUGCUGAUAGUGUAUCUCACAUACCUUCUUGCUCACAUUCUAAGCAACAUGUCCACUGGAAACCUCUUUCCCUACAGGAAGUACGGUAUUUAGAAAAACUAUACAAAAUUUUCUUCCUCCAGCCAAUAAACCCAAAGGAUUAUCUUUCAGCCAUCAUAUUAGCAAGGAACUCAUGACCUCCAUUGACCAAAACUUAUCCUUCCAUAUCCUAUGGAGUGAGGUGUGUAUUGUCAUCCUUAAUAUCAGCUGUAGAACUGUCCUUGUCCCACACUAUAAUACAAGAAUAAUUUACCCAAUGCAGUCUAGACAUUUACAAGCAACUUGGGCUACAAAGUUGAAACGUCCGUCCAGCCAACAGAUUAGACUAUCAGAGCAAUUGUAGCCAAACCAACCUUCGAUAACAGGACCUCACAUCUUAGGUCUUCGUUGUGAGACAGUGCUUAGAAGUAAGGGAGCUCCAGCCAACACCCCCAACACUUAAGUUACCCAGGCAAAAUAUUGCAGGUGACUGGCAGAAUAUCUAGUCUGUGGAGAAGCUGAUCAUAAUCCAUUUUAUGACCAAUCUCUUACUUUUCUUUACUGCAGUAAAACAUAGGCUGCACACUCCUGUUAGUGCCCCACUUUCUUCUGAAAAAAGCAACACAAAAUAUGGAGGUGAUCCAGUAUUGUCUCUAAAGGAAAUUACCACUGGUAUUAUACUCCAGAUCUGCUCAACACAUCUUUUUUUUUAACCCUUUGCCAUCUUCCGUAUAUCUCUACCUGGUCUUUUUUUUUUUUUUUUUUUUUUUUUUGCUGUUCCUUUCACAUUUGUACCACAACCUCAAAAACUUGAAAAAAAAAAAAAAAAGUUUCCAAAACCCUAUAUCAACCUGUUAUUCUAUCUUAGUACUGUAUGUACUUGCCUUUUCCUUGCACUUUACCUUGUCGAUUGACACAUCUGUGACAUUUGCAGAAAUAUAUUCACCCUUACAUUUAAUUUUAUUUUAUUCAUGGGGAAGUGCUCAACAUGUAGGGUUAUACAGAACCUCUCGCCAGCAUCAAGGUUCUUCCCUCGGGAGGAUUCACCCCAACAUACUGCCACUAUUCCUUUUGUUACCCUACACAGACCUCUCCCAUUUCAGGAGUCAACUAACCUCUCACAAUCUCUUCCUAUCUUGACAGCUGUCAAUGUUUCUUACCUCUCUGCUCUGUUUGCCUAUUCACUUCAUGCAUUACGCUACCUAACUACAAAAACCACAUAGCAGUUGGAAUUCCUGUCUCUUACUAUGUACUUUUGCGAUCACCCCUUUUCCUAAUGAGACAUGAUGUGAUAGUACACUUUUCAUGUGCACUGAUAUUCUCAAAUUUCCAUUCAUAUUCUGCUACUGCAGCCCAUGUUUGUUCAGACAAGUGGUAUGUGCCUCUUAGUGUCUUGAAUGUGAAAUCUCUAAAUUCUUAUUUACACCACUCCUUUUAUUGGGUGAUUUUUAACUCAUCAUUUACUCUAGCACUCUUUUCUCAACCCUCUACAUAUGCAUACCUUAAACACUGGUGUUCUUAAACAUCCAGAUUCCUGCAUCCAUUCUCUCUCUCCUACCUAGAUAUCUCUAUCUGCUCUUGUUCCAUAGCACUCAUUUUUACAGUUGAAUUAUACAGUGGACCCCCGCAUAACGAUCACCUCCGAAUGCGACCAAUUAUGUAAGUGCGUUUGUACGUGUAUGUUUGGGGGUCUGAAAUGGACUAAUCUACUUCACAAUAUUCCUUAUGGGAACAAAUUCGGUCAGUACUGGCACCUGAACAUAUUUCUGGAGUGAAAAAAUAUCGUUAACCGGGGGUCCACUGUAUACCAUUCUCAUUGCAAUUAUCCGUAUUGCAUCUAUGCCUACUUCAAAAUUUGUAAUCAUCUCAGACUCCUUUAGUGCUUUGCAAGCUAUUAAAAAUUUGAUUCACCCCAUCACCUAUUUCUUUGUAUACAACUUCGGUUAUGCCACAUUACUAGCAAAAAUAAAGAAAUAGGUUUCUGUUGGGUCCCUGGUCAUGUUGAUGUUCAGGGCACCGAGCAGGCAGACUGCUGCAUGAUCUUCAGUACAUUACCUACCAAUUUCAUAUAGAGGUAUUCCAUUCUCUGACUGUUUUGCUGUAAUCUCUACCCACCUUCGCAACCAUUGGCAACAACGUUGGGCUGAUAUGACUCUAACAAAUUACAUUCUAUCAAACCAAGUUUGGGUUUCUGGCCUCCUCCUAGUCAUCGAUACCGAGGUUGGGAGACAACGCUAUCUUGUCUUUGCAUAAGACACACUUGUCUAACUCGUGGGUAUCUUAUGGAGAGGAUCCUAUUCCACUUUGUGAGAACUCUCUAGUUCCUGUUUCAAUUUUCCAUAUUCUAUUGGACUGUCCUGUCUGUCAACAAGCAUGCAAAAUUUUCUUCCUACAUCAUCACCGCUCUAACGCCCUUACUUUAUUUUCCCUCCUUGCUGACAGACCCACCUUUGACACACACUCCCUCUUUGACUUUUUGACAGCAACUGAUUACACAAACUUUGAUAAUCCUUCCUUUAGCACUCCUCACAGCCCCUCCUAACUUUUACCUUUAUUGUCAUCUCCACCCUUAUUUAUCUUUAGAUCCUGCAUCAAUUCCUACCCUGCAGUGCGGUUUGACCCUGGUAGGUUUAGCACUUUCUUUUGAUUAUAAUAUUAAUCCAUAGCACUCAGAUUUGAUUGGCCUGUAGUAAAUGAUGUCUACAACCUAUCAUUUCCCUUUUCUCAUUACUUCCUAUUUUUACACCAAACCUCCAUCAAUUCCAGUUGUAGUUUGAGCACUUUAUACACACCAUACCUGUUUUCUUGGUUUUCCUCCUGAUUGAUUCUUUACAGCUAAGUUGUUCCAAAUCUUACCUCUGCUCUCUGCAGCAACACUUGCAAUCUCAGUUCUCUGCAGCAACACUUGCAAUUCCAGACUUUGGGUAAAGAUUAGAAAAAAAUGCCCUUUGGUGGUCUCCUGACUGUGCUCACACAGUUCAUUUGAAAUGUGCUACAUGUAGCCACUACCAUUACAUCCAAAUUAUAGACCAGUUCCUAACUUACAAACAGGUGAAAGCACAUACACUGUGUUCUUUGGGUAGCUAAUGCUGUAUAGCCCUUGUGGCUUAGCGCUUCUUUUUGAUGAUGAUAAUAAUAAUUUGGGUAGCUAAAUGAACUUGCUGAUGAGUAUGUGUCCACUAUGUGUGCAGUCUGGAAAAAUUAUGAAAGUUAGCAGGCAAAUACUCUUAAGACCCGGUCUCUGUUCAUACACUUGCUGGUGAAAACAUUGUGGACCCUCAUAAAUUAUUAUAAUAAAAAAGAAGCACUAAACCAAGGACCCUCGUAAAGUUGCCAGCCAACAGCAGCUGGCUUUCGUGACUUUACACCUUUACAAUUUUAUUUGGUCUGAAGGGGUUUUAUAUAUCUAGUGGAAAACUGAGGUAGUGCUACCUUUUUGAAAGCCAGAUACCUCAGUCCAAAACAGUUCUCAUUCUGCUUUCCCCAUGGAAUGAAUCUGAAUGUCUUCCAGUUCCUUUGCGCUGUAUAGCCCUUGUGGCUUAGUGCUUCUUUUUGAUUAUAAUAAUAAUAAUUCCAGUCCCUUUGGCGCUGUAUGACUCUACAGUUUAAUGAUCCCCAUAAAUAAAUAUUUCUUAUUAUAGACCAGUCACCUAGGCAGGGUAGCCCAAAAAGAAAAAAAAAAGUUUCUCUUAACUUCAGUAAUGUAUACAGGAGAAGGGGUUACUAGCCCCUUGCUCCUAGCAUUUUAGUCACCUCUUAUAACACACAUGGCUUAAGGAAGAAUAAUUCUGUUCCACUUCCCCAUGGAGACCAGUCUCUCAUACCAGCAGGAGACUGUGCUCUCCCGUCUCUGCAUUGGCCAUACUCGCCUUUCCCAUGGGUAUCUAAUGGAACGACACCCUCUUCCUGUGAGGUUUGUUGGGUCUCUCUUUUGGUUCUUCACUUUCUUGUAGAUUGCCCGGUUUACCAGCGAGCUCGCAGGAUUUACCUCUGCUGCCGCCACCACCCUACCACUUCUACCUUGCCUAUCUUCUUGCAGAUGGCCCUACUUUUGACUUACAAUUACUUUUUGACUUUUUGUCAGCAACUGCUUUACUUUAUGAGCUGUAUAAUCCUCCGGGUUUAGCGCUUCCCCCUUGAUUAUAAUAAUAAUUUACUUUAUGAACUUUGACACAUAGUUCUUAGCAUCCCUUCUACCCCUUUUCUCCUCACCUCUGAUUCCCACUCCACCUAGCUGUUUAUAGCCCCAGCAAUAUUUUCUACCCUGCAGUGGUGUAUGACCCUUUUUGAUUUAGCACUUUCUUUGAUUAUAAUUGGUUUAGCACUUCUUUUUGAUUAUAACAAUAAUAAUAAUUUGAUUAUAAUAAUAAUAUUAACUUACCAGCACUAUUUGUAAGUUGCUGAAAUGCUUGGUACUUAAACCCCAAAAUGUGCUUUCCUCAUCAAUUUGGUUUUAGAAAGGGCCAUUCUGUCAUUGACCCCUUAACCUGCAUUUGCUGAUAACUAGUCAGUUAUUGGUCUUUUUCAAUCUAGAAGUUUAUGACACUACUUGUAAUAUAUUGCCUCAGAGGCAAUCUACCACUUUUCCUUAAAGAUUUCUUAUCAGAGGCAUUUCAGUGUUAUGAGAAAAUAUGUAACUGCAUUUUCCCCCUAGCUUUGUGCAAGUUGAAAGUGUACUGCAAGGCUGUUUUCUUAUCACUACCUUAUUUCUUCUUGUUAAUGAACUUGCCUAUAUUCAAGUAUCUGAUCAUUCCUCUGUGUAGAGGUUUUACUAUUGCCUUUGCAAGCACAGAAUGUCAACUCACAGCCACCUCUCCAGGACACUAUUGACUGCAUUGCUAUCUAUGUCACCAAUGGUUUUAAAUUAAGUUUUCUGUUGCUAAGACAAACUGGAUAAUUUUCACCUGACACUUUGUUAUCCCUCAUUCCAUUCUGUAGCUACAUGUUUCUCUUAUCCCUGAAUGAGAUGACAGAUUUCUUGAC